AUUUCAUCUUGUGUCGAUUCUGACAUUAUCCGUCAUCAUUCACAUCAUUGAGGAGUUUUGGUGGGAUGCGACAAGUUGCUUGCUUCGCGCUCAGUGUGGGAGAAAUAGAUAGAGGAGCAGACAGGCAGGCAGGCGAGCGCUCGUCCAACCGGAGGGGAGGGGGGGGGAGACGCAUUCUCCCCGAGUACACACAAGCAGCGGCCACAUCCACUGUAGACAAAUCCGUGUUCAGUGACGUGUUUUGUAUUAGCCUUUUUUAUGCAUGUUCAACCCUUUUCCACCACUGGCUGACUUAAAUUUAAUCAGGAAUUGGGAAUCCAGUCCCUCACGAGCUUCUUAUUUUCACCAACUCUAAUCAUCCCCUUUCUAUUUAUUUAUUUAUUUUGCCUCGAUAGACCCGUUAUUCAGCCCAUCCACCGUCCACCCCCUAUCUUCUUUUUUUCCCUCCAUCUCCAUCUCUCUGGGAGUGCGACGCGCUGCGAAUCUCUGAAAUAAAAAAAACCCUGCAGCAGCAGAGCAGUGACCAUGGUGCAAGUUUUCUGCUAACAGAGGACGGACGGAGAGCGGGACAACCGUCCAAGCUACAACCUCCACCAGCAACAGCUUUCCAGUGAGAAAGAAAGGAAAAAAGAGAGAGCAAGAGAAAGAGGCAAAAGAGAGAGAACAAGUGCAAGAAGGAGAGAGGGGAGCGGGUGAAAACAGUCGAUGGAUGCUGUCCGGAUUGAGGGGACAGCACGUUCUUCACUGACGAGGAAAAGAAAGAUUUCAAAAUUGAGUCGAAGGAUAGAAACUCGCCGUCAGGCAUGGUGUGUGAGAAGGGGAUCCAGAUCCUUCUCACCACCGUGGGGGCAUUCGCUGCCUUCGGCCUGAUGACGGUGGCGAUAGGGACGGACUACUGGCUGUAUUCCCGUGCCAUGAUCUGCAACAGUACAGCCAACCAUUCCCAGGAUGACCCCCAUAACAAGGACAAGAAGGAUCCUGGGGCGCUCACCCACUCUGGACUGUGGAGGAUAUGCUGCCUGGAAGGAGUAAAGAGAGGAGUGUGUUCUCAGAUCAACCACUUCCCAGAAGAUGCAGACUUUGACCAUGAUGGGGCAGAGUACGUUCUACGGGUAGUCAGGGCUUCCAACAUCUUCCCGAUCCUCAGUGCCAUCCUGCUGUUGAUGGGAGGGCUUUGUAUCGCUGCUAGCCGUUUCUAUAAGAGCAAAAGAAACAUCAUCCUAGGGGCAGGAAUUCUCUUUGUGGCUGCAGGUCUGAGUAACAUAAUCGGUGUGAUUGUGUACAUCUCGGCCGCACUGGGGGACAUCUCCCCUAAGAAGGACGAGGAUAAGAAGUGGCAGUACUCCUACGGUUGGUCCUUUUACUUUGGAGGUCUUUCCUUCAUCAUGGCCGAGAUGGUGGGGGUGCUGGCUGUUAACAUCUACAUCGAGAAGAACAAGGAGCUGCGCUGCCGCUCACGCACCGACAUUUUCAAGAGCACCACGCACGCAAUGCUCCGCUUGCCCAGCUACCGCUUCCGCCGCCGCUCCCGCUCUUCGUCUCGCUCCACCGACCCCUCCCGCUCCCGAGACCCCUCACCUGUAGGGGGAGGUGGGGGCAAGAACUUCGGCCUGCCCCCCUCUGCGCUGCUUUCCCAGGGCCCAAUUUCAGUAUCCACCUUACCAAACCCCCACUCUCGCUCCCACACGGCCCUGGCUGGAGGCGACAUCUCUCUCUACACAUUGUCCCGUGACCCCAAACUGGGGGGUUUGCCGCCCAUGUAUGGAACGGUGGACAGGGCCACGCUCUACCAGCUCCACAACUGCUUCCCAAAGGAUGUAGGUGGAGGGGGGGUGAUGAUGAGUGGUACACUUCCAUCACUUAAGUCCCACAACCCUUCCAAUUCUUCCAACUCCAACGCGCCGAUGCCCAACUCGGUGGGCUCCGGCCCUCCACCCUUCACCUCGUCCACAGUAGACAGGGAGCGAGGGAUGGGGACUCUGGACAGGCUGAAGGGGGACAGGGAGAGCAACUCUAACACCCUCAAUAGGAAGACAACACCUGUGUAGAGAGAGGGUGAAAGAGGGCGAGAAGGAAGGGAGAGAAGGAAGAUGGGUAGUAAUGAAAGAGGGAAAUUAGAGAGGAGCGCUGUGUUUGUGUGGCUCAAUAGGAAAUAGAUAGAAAGACAGACAGACAGGUGAAAUACUAAAUCUCUCCCUCCAUGUUCACGGUUAUUUAGUCUGCUCAAUCUCACUGAGAACAAAAGGAAGAUGAGUAAUAACAGAGUGAUAAUAACAACAACAAUGAACUUUCACAAUAAAACUAUUUUGAUAUUUUAACGUGCUAGAAAUGAUUUAUUUUGUUAAUGAUCAAACACAAUUAACCUUGGGCUAUUAUGAAAAUGUUUCACAUAUUUUUUUGUGCAAUAUUACCGCUAAUUAACCAGAUCAUCGUUAAUGUAAAAUUGUUGUUGUGAUUAUUCUUAGCGUUAUUACAGGCUAGCCGUAUUUGCAAACACUAUAGUUUGGAAUGAAAAUUUUAAUUUUCAUGUUACUUUCACUCUAAUUUUAGAUCUCUAUGACUUUUACUGUGAAUUUCUUCCAUACAGAGCCACUGGGACUCUCAGUGAGCUGUGUGUAACUGUGUCAAAGUGUCAAGCAUGAGUGUGCACAAUAUGUGGGAGAAUGAGGGCCUGUUUUUUUUUAACCCCCAUAUUAUAUAAUUUUCAUUUAUAACAUGAAGUCAGAUUUGACUACUUGUAAAUUGUCUUCCAAUAUUGAUACUGACAGAAAUGCAACAAUAAUGUGAGUGACUGAGACAACUGACCAACUUCCUUGUUAUUAUAAGUCUGAGUUUUCUAUGGGCCUCUGUUAGUCUUAUUUCCAUUCUAAUCAGUGUUAACAGUAGUACUUGUAGCUAUAGUCGUGUUGAAGAUGUUUGUUCUUGGGCAUUAACAGAAACCUCUGACUGGAGGAAGCAGAAAAAAAGAGAAAUAGAAUAAUACAUUUGUACAGAUUCAGGUAAAGGUUACUGCCUGAGCAGAAAAACAAAAAAACCUAAUCAUUUUUUUCUAUGAAGAGUCCCAAAGUGAGACAUGCAACUCAUCAUUUUCAGUGGCAAAAAAAAGACAAUAUGUAUAUGUGGGUUGGAAGGGUUUAAAAAAAAAAAAAAACACUAUAGAGAAAAAACUUUUGAAAAGAUACAUGUACAUUGUAAUUUACGCAUACAUAUAUUUGUAAAGUCUAUAGAUACAUUUUUCGGGACCACUGUUUUAACUGGGUAUGCAUUUUUGGGCUGUUUUGUUCCCGGUGCCCUCCCUGGACUCUUGUUGGGUGGUUUCAUCCACCAACCCUGCGCUGCCAUACUUGCUCCCCCUGCCCGCCCAUAUUUGGUCACAUGAUCAGUGUUCCUUAACUUUAUCACAUGACCAACAGCAGAUUCACCACAGAGGCCCCCCCCCCCCCAAACCUCUACAUGAUUCUUUUCACUGUGCUUUCCCUGUGAGCGCUGACUCCUGACCUGAUCUGUUUAUGUCAAGAAUGUAAACACAUGUAAACACCCUCCCACCCGCCCCCCUCUUCUAAACUGUCCCGACUGACUGCAGAUCCAGGUUGAAACCAUGGACACACCGCUACAUGAUAUAAUGAAGAAACAAAACAAACCAGAGGCUUCCAGAUUCUAUACAUUUUCAUUUCUUUGAUUUCAUUUCAGAAAAAGAAUAAUGUGAUACAAACUGCACACAGAUAGCAUUUAUGUGGGCAAUAUGAAUAGUAUGUAGUUGAGAAUAGAUAUAUCUAGACAAAUGAUUAUGGUUUAUCUAAAUGUGUGAUAAACUUAAACACUGUAUUGCACGAAGUUUAUAAAAAAAACAAUAACAGACAUA